AUCUGUGCAUAGGGAGCGGUCUGUUACAAACGUAAACUAAAACGGAUACUAAAUCUAAUGUUACUAUAGGCCUACUAAUCAGAGCAUUUAAGACUCAUUAGAUGAAAGUUAUUUGAAUAUAGGACGUUUCCUUUCAUUCAUUAAGCAGGUGACAUGUAGGUCGUGCUGGUGUCAAACGGUUGAAGCAGCAUCCAGGAUUGGAGAACAGGAGGGGAGAGAAACCCCCAGAGCAGCAUGGAGGAAGCAACAGGUUCUCCUCAGGAGGAGGCGAUCUCUCAGUUAAAGAGGGUGUAUGUGGAGGAAGCAGAGUUACCAUCAGCCAGCAACAUGCCUAGAAAUAAGGAACAUCAACUCAUGGAGUACAGGGUGUCUUUGGAGGAGGCAGAGUUACCAUCAGCCAGAGAGGAAGAUCGGUCCAGACAUGGGGGAGAUCGCACCAUGGAGCCCAGGGUGGAGGAGGAGAGACCGGUGUCACCAAGUUAUCUGUCAAUGAAGAGUGAUCAGUCGAUGGAUGUACCCAUUCAUUUUAAAAUGGGAGAUACAACUCAAGAAGGUACUCAGAUCUGCAAAGUUCAUCCCGCCAGAUCAGAAUCACCAACUCCCAGUUAUUCAGCCAUGAGUGACUCUUCAGUGGAACGCUCUAUCAACUUCAAUGAUGGAGGAUUACCAAAGAUUAAACCAGAAGACAUUCUCUGUGACCUCUGCUUUGAUGUUUUGGAAAUUGAGAAGAGAGCUGUUAAGACCUGUCAGACCUGCAAUAGCUCAUUCUGUGAGAAGCACAUCAGGAAGCACUACACUGAUGCACGGUUUCAGACACACCAGUUAGUGGAUGUGCCAGGGGGACUGGAACACUGCCAGGAUCAUCUCAAGCCCCUUGAGGUGUUCUGCUUGACUGACCAGAGGUUCAUCUGCAGUCAAUGUUCAGUGACAAAGCACAAAGGACAUGACAUUCAUCAUCAGACACAACAAGCUGGAGCAAAGCGAUCUGCUGGAGUGGGAGCCCAGAGACCACGUUGCGUUAAUGCAAUGCUGCCCCCUCCUGGUGAGAUCAGCUUCUUGUCAGUAAAGCCAGACUCUGUGACUCUGAGCUGGGGACCUCCUGAGGGUCUGGAGGGACGAAGGAAGUUCAGAGUGACCUGGGAGGGUGAUGGAGAAAAGAACAGCCUUUCAGUAACAGACUUUUACAGAGUGGUAAUAACCGGACUCCAACCUGGUCAGAAGUAUGAGUUCACUGUGGCCACUGAGGGGGACCAUGGCAACCACAGUAACCUUGUCUCAAAAUCUACAUACACAGUGGUCCCGCCUCCCAAGAACAUAAAGGUUGACCGGUUUGGACCAUAUUCCUUCAAAGUUUGCUGGUCCAGAUAUCCAGGAAUGGACCAUGUUCCACAGCGUUUCCUCGUAUGCUACACCGGUGAAGGAGAAGAGCUUGUAGCGAUGCAUGCUCAAGACUGCUGCACAACACUGACUGACCUGCAACCUGGUACUCAGUACACUGUCAAAGUCUGUACUGUGUGGUACAAUAAUGAAGAGAGUGAACCUGUCAACACAACUAUCUGCACUAGUGUUCCUGCUCCAGGCAAGUUGACAGUUGUCUCAGUGGGCACCACAUCAGCCACUGUGAGCUGGGAACAUCCAGAUGGAAUGGAACAGACCCAACUCCAGUACCAGGUUUCCUGGCAGAGUCCAGGAACUAGAGACAACAGCGAUAACAAAACCAUUGAAAUUGGCUGCUCCACCAAACUGAAUGGCCUGCAACCUGCAACACAGUAUACUGUCAGUGUCUCAACUAUGUUUAAAACUGGAGAAAAAAGUGAACCAGUUCACACAACUUUUAACACUGAUAUUGAGCCACCAAGGUGCAUAACAGUUAACUCAUCGACAACAACCUCAGCAUCUCUGAGCUGGCAACCCCCUGAUGACAUGGAGGAGAAGCAAAGGUACAGAGUUGAGUGGAAAUCUGGUGGACAUUCCGACCACCAUAUUGUUCAUGAGUCAUCCUAUAACAUAACUAACCUCAAGCCUGGCAGAGAGUAUGCCAUUAAAGUUGCAACUGUUGGAGACAAUGAGAAACUGAGCAAGUUUGUUGAAACGACAUCAAACACAGAACCAACCCCUCCUGAAAACCUGCAUCUGAAGAAAGUUAAAAACACAUCUGUCACAUUGUGUUGGGACACUCCAGUCAACAUGGAGGAUCUGUCAUAUUCAUUCAAGUAUUCCUGCAAUAGAGAAAACAUCGAACAGAUAACUAAAAACAACAGUGCUGUUUUAUCUGAUCUGGAGCCAGGAACAUCAUACACCUUUAAGGUGGCCACUGUGCUAGAAAAUGGCUGCACAAGCUUAAGGGAAACUAUUGAUCAUAGCACAAACAAAAGUUUCAAGUGUCUAUUGGACAACUUGGGACUAGGACAUUGUUGGACAAACAAACUGACCGUAGAGAUGGUAAGACAGAUAGAUGAGAAUUCUAUGUCUGAAAAAGCUGACCUUCCAUCACAACUACAAUUAUUUUUAAAGAGGUUGCUGAUGGUGAACAUUAAAGCAAUGAAUCUAAAACAAGAUGCUUAUCAACACUCGUUACCCGACCACAAGCCAUCAAGUGAUGAAGAGAUGCCUGAUGGCUUAAAGGACAUUAACCCUCUUGAUGUCAUAACUGCUCUGUUUUUGUGCUCAGAUGGUAUCUUGCAACAAGAGCUCAGUCUUAAAUUAUCCCUGUGUCAGUUUGCUGUUCCUCUGCUGCUGCCCAACCCUGAAACACAGCAAUGCACUCUGAUGCUGUGGGCCAUGAGGGACAUUGUUAAGCAAUUUAUACCUCACCCUCCUGGUGACUCAAAAGAGUAUGUGGAGAAAAGUAUUGUAGAGACUGAGCUCCCAAUGGUGUCUUUUGUUAGAUUCGGAGAUAGCAGCUUGUCAAAGUCUAAGGUUUUAAAUGAUCUCAGUAAUUCCCAACAGACCCACAACACAUUUGUUCACCGUAACAUGAGAGCUGGGAACAUCCCAAAGACGAUAUCUGAUGGUUUAGUAGAAAUAAGCUGGUACCUGCCAAGUGGAAUCCCGAACAUUGACGUCUUCCCUGAACCUGUGGCUGUAGCUAAUCUUCGUGGAGAUAUUGAGGACUUUCCAACCCAGUUCAAGUUCCUCUGUGAAACAUCAGCUGCAAUGUUUGUGUUUUGUGAUGAUCUGGAUGUCAAAUGUAUUCCAGACCUUAGUCAACUGAAACUGCAACUCUUCAUUGUCUGUGACUUUCAAUCUGGUUUAAAAAAAGAAGCUGCAGAGUUCCAGAAAUACAACGUUGAGAUUAUAGAAAAGAGAAAAAAUAUGAAUGAAGCAGAACUUGUGGAUAAGAUUUGUUCUGAAGUGAAAAAGGUCUUGAAAUCAGACCACCUCAAAAUUAAAGUGGAGAGUAUGGUGGAUGUUGCAUCUCAGUUGUCUAUCCCAGUGGAUGAAAAAUGCAGUCCUUGUGACACAGCAAAGGAUAGAGCAGCCAGAGUAACAGAGAACAUCAAACUACCUUUACAAGGGACAACUUGGAAGGAACUCACUAGACUGGAAAAAGAACAAUGCAUACUUAAAUUAGCAGGAGAUGAAAAACAUGAAAGCGAUAAGACUGAACAAAGGAGGGAACAGGUGACAAUUGGCAUGAGUGACAGCGUCAAAUGGUUCAUUGAGGGUUUGAAAAGUCCAGAAGAUGAACGAUCUUAUUUCCUCAAGUGGAUGAAGAUCAUCCUGGACAACAUAUCAAGAGCAAAACAUUCUAAACUUAUGAAGAGAGACCAAAGACAGGCAUUUCCUGAGGGUCACCCUGACACCAACAUGAAGGAACUUGUUGACAGAUCCUUGGGAACAGAACACUUCCUGAGAGAAGUUGGUCAGCUGUAUGAAGCAUCUAUGUGUGUUCCUGAAACCACUGACCUUAAACAUCAACUUCAAGAACUGCCAACAAUCUGUGCUGAGUUAAUGUUGGCUGGCUUUCCAUUGGAACUCAUGGAUGGGGAUGUGUCUAACAUCCCAAUGAGGUGGGUAACCGAUGUCCUGAAAGAACUUGACUCUCUCAUCCAACUCAAUAACAAGAUUCGAGUAGUUACAAUUCUAGGGUCCCAAAGCUCAGGGAAGUCCACUCUCCUCAACACCAUGUUUGGAGUUCAGUUUGCUGUCAGCAGUGGAAGAUGCACCCGAGGUGCCUUCAUGCAGCUCAUCAAGGUCAAACAUGAGUUCAGAGAUGUGAUCAAAUGUGACUUCCUAAUGAUCAUCGAUACAGAGGGUUUGAAGGCUGCACAGUUGUUAGACUUAACUGACAACUAUAAACACGAUAAUGAGCUGGCCACGUUUGUGGUAGGACUGAGUGACAUAUCCAUUGUGAACAUUGCUAUGGAAAACCACUCAGAUGUGAGAGAUCUCCUGCAGAUUGUAGCUCAUGCCUUCCUCAGGAUGUCUCAGAAAGAAUCAGGGAAGAAGCCCAGUUGUCUGUUUGUGCACCAGAAUGUGCCAGAUAUCUCUGCUCCUCACAAAAACCGUAGGGAUCAGAAGCUCCUUUUAGAACAGCUCAAUGAAAUGACAAGCGUUGCAAGCAGGAUGGAACAUUUGGGUAAAGACUUGGUAUUCACUGACAUCAUCAACUACAGAGCAGAGGACACCUGCUACCUGCCAGGUCUGUGGUAUGGAAGUCCACCCAUGGCUCCAGUCAAUCAAGGCUAUAGUGAAGGUGUGGCCAAAGUCAAGAGCUAUUUAAUCCAAACAUUUUCUAAUAAAACCGAAGCAGCAGAAACAUUGCUGGAUUUCAGCAAGUCUGUGAAAGAUUUAUGGGAUGCAGUAAAGUGUGAGAACUUCCUCUUUAACUUUCGCAACAGCCUGGUGGCUGAAGCAUACAGCAAGCUUAGUGCAGAGUUUAGCAGUUGGGAAUGGGACUUCCAAAAGCCGAUUUCCAUUUGGCUGUUGGAGGCAGAAACUAGAGUGGCAAACUAUGGUUUGAUUGACUCUCAAGAAGAGAAUCUCCUUGACAAAUUUGCAGAAGAGUUAAGAACUGAAGCUAACCUUCAACUUAAGAGACAUGGAAAUAUUUUUGUCAACAAAGUGGCUGAAUACUACAAAACAGGUGCAAAUUUGCAACUGGUUGAGAAGUACAAGAAUGAAUUCCACAUUGAUACAGAAAGCAGAAAGAGGAGGAUGGCCAAGACAGUGGAGAGAAGAUUAGAAGUUGCUGUGGAUGUGAGAAAAUGCACAUUUGGAGUAGACAGAAUUACAAAAAACAAUAAAACUAUUAUGGAGAAAAAUGUUUCUGAACUUGUUAAGUGUUGUCGAGGUAAACAGAAAAUGACCGUAGAGCAAAUCAAACAAGAAUUUGAAAAGAUGUGGACUGAAACUUCAGAACAGCUCUCAUUUAAAGGUCAUGAGACUCAAAAUGUUCCAGCACUGAUCACCACUGAUCUUCAUGUUAACUUGACAAGGGAAGGUCCCAAAGUCCAGGAGAUGCUAAAUAAAUCAAAGCCUUUAGAGAACUGUGGGAAAGAUGCAUUUAAAGUGAACAGGGCACACAUAAUUAAGAAGCUAUUCAAUAAGAAUGUUUCAAAGAGCACUUUUGAGACUGAAAAGGUUCAAGACAUGGCCAAUGACACCAUAAACCAGUGUCUGACAUUUGUAGCAGGAAAGGUGAAAGAAAAAACUGACUACCACCCAGCUCACACCAUGGAACUACUGGAAUUAAUUGAAAAUAACCUGAAAAAACACUGUGAGUUGGACAUAAGUCCUAAGAUUGCUGCAGCUCUGAAAAUACACAUCUGUGGGCAUGCAGCGAGGGAAUUCCAGAGCAUGCAUGAAGCUUUCAUCAAAGACAAAGACCCAGAAAGAAACUUUUUGGCGUUGAAGCCCCAGUACUGUAAUGACUUCGAAGGCCUUUACUACCAGAAAGAAACGAGGAAAGAGUACAAAAGAAAGGCCAAAGAAUUCACAGAUGAAUCUCUUAAACCAGCAGUCAUGGAGUAUAUCCAGAAAUCUCCCAAUCUGGACAUUAAUGGCAUAAUAAAAGAAAUUGUUGAAUUCAGAACAAUAAGACAUUUUCAGUUGUUCAUGCUUAAAGAGCUAUCGUCAUCUGAGUUCAACAGGUUCCAGGAGUAUAUUAAGAACUAUAAUGAAAGCGCACAGAAUUUGAUCCAGCAAAUAUUGGAAACAAGAUGUAGACGUAAUAAAAUUGAAAUUGUGAGGACAAUUUGCAGAGAAAUACAGGCUGCUGUUGAGCAAUUAGAGGGAACUCACAUUUCCAAUGGAGGAGACAUAAAAGAGUUCUUUGUUGGUUUACGCUCAAAACUGAAUGAGAGGCUUGUCAUCUCUGACAAUACAACAGGAUUGGUUGUAAAAAAUUUCAGGGCCAGUGAAUUUUCCAAUGUGUUGACAGAAUUAAUUGGAAAAAUGGAAAAAGACCUUCUCCCAAAGGAGAAAUCUGUACCUUGCGGCCCUCUGAAGCAACAGCAGAAAAAGCUGUUAGGCUGUCAGAGAUUCUGUCCACGGUGCAAUGUCCCCUGUGAUAAAGAGGGGGAGAGUCACUGGUGGCACACUGCUUUGACUCAUCGACCACUUGCAUUUGGGAAGGAAAAAAAGUCUGGGAAACUUACCUUUCAGAUGUGCUCACAUACAGACAGUUCCUGGUUUACUAUUUGGAAGAGUUAUUUCAAAAGAGAGGUCCAGCCGUAUGACACCCCAAUCACAGCCACACCCUACUGGAAGUUUAUCUUUGCAAAGCACAAUGAAAAGUAUGCAGAGAUACACAAAUGCUCACCAGGUGAAAUACCAGAAGCUUGGAAAGCAAUCACAAGAGAGGAGGCUGUACAGAGCUUAGAAAUAUGAAAAUCAAUAUCAACUUCAAUCAAUCGACUUUGUUUCACCAAGAUCAAUGGCUCCAAGUGACUUUAGAGUAAAUCUGAUUGGAAUAUGAAAUAUUGAAUUAUUUGUGAUGUAUUGUAUUCUUGUACUCUAACGAUGUACUGUUAUAUUGUAGUUUAUGUUGUUGUUGCACAAUACCUGAUAUAUUAGUAUCGUUGCACAGUGCCUGAUACAAAUAGACUGUUUCCUAACUUCGUGUAAUGACAACGUGAAAGUGUACAAAGGUGACUUGGGCUUAAGAUGAACUACAUUUAGUCAUUUAGCAGACGCUCUUAUCCAGAGCUGGACAAAUAUGGCCCUUUAACCUGUACAUAUAUUGUUAGAGGACAAAUGGACAACAUGUUUUAGUUAUGUUUGAUACAUUCACACAGCUUAUGAGUUUUUGAGAUAAAUCUUUUCUGUUACUAAUAUCUCCACAAGUAAUUCAAAUGUUUUUAUUUGUUGACUGAGGAUUAUAAGGCCCUAAUGUUUUUUUGUUGAAUUAAAAUGACAAUGUUAUUGUUCAAUGAUGUAGAUUAUGUCGUAUUUUACAUAUGGUUACAUAUGGUUAUAGAUAAACAUACAGUUUAUCUGUCUGAUUUAUAUAAAGAUUGUUUUCGAGGAUAAAUACACUUUACUAAACAUUGUAAAUGGUAACAUUAUCUACUGAUUGCUUUAUGGAUAUUACAAUCAAUACAAACAAUCAAAUCAUGUGUAAAAUGAUUUGGGCUCAAAUAAAAAAGUGUGUUGAAAGACACCGUGGAGUUUGUUACUUCAU